AUGAAUAAAUUGAAUUAGAAGAGUUUGAAAAUCCAUUAGUUCAUUUAGAUGAAGAUAUCAGUUCUUAUAGGUCUGGUGAUUAUCCUUCGCAUAGUGGUUCAAUUAAUUAAUUAAAGGAAAAAGAUUCUUGUGAUUGGGAUGGAGAAAGUUAAAAUGGAUUUGAAGAAGAGAUCAUCAUAAGAGGAGAUGGAUUUGAAGAAGUUAAGAAAAAUGAAUAAGGAUUUGAAGUCAUUCCUUUGAAUGAAACUAAUGUAAAUCAUUUUAUAAUAUACUUAUUAUUAGAUUAGUAAAAAAAGUACAAAAAUCCAAAACCAAGAAUAAUUAAAUUAACUACCUGAAAAUCAUGAUAAUCAAUUCGAAGAAGUUUUGAUUAAAAAAUCUGAAUCUAUGGAUUCUUCUGCACUUCAAAUGGUUUAUAAUGUUGUUUCAGGAACAUUUGGUCAAGUUGAAUCUGAUGACAAGUAUAAUUAUAAAUAUAAUAAAUCAAUAGUUGGAAUGGUGAUAACUCUGAUUGGAAAGGCAAUGGAUCCAUUUCAAGUAAACAAAGUCGAGUUCAAUUAAGUAAAGAUUUAGCUACGAUCACUGAAGAUCUUAAGGAAUCUACCAAUACACAAUAUUGA